UUGUCAAUCAGCACACACAUUAGAGCAUUCCUACCCACCUCCAUCACCCUUGUUUUCAACGGCUCACCUGGGUGAAUACUAAUCAUAAGUCAAGCCCAAUUACAAUGAGCACAUCUCAGUCUCGAAGCUCUUGAAGAUGGACAGAAGCUCCGCCUCCAACCCAUCUGAGAAAAGGAUUGCUGUUGUUACGGGAGGGAACAAAGGGAUUGGGCUUGAGGUAUGCAGGCAGCUGGCCUCCAAGGGCGUUCUCGUCGUCCUGACGGCGAGAGACGAGAAGAGGGGCACCAAAGCAGCGCAGGCGCUUCACGCUUCCGGGUUAUCUGACGUGGUUUACCACAAGUUGGAUGUCGCUGACCCAUCGGACGCUGCCCGCUUGGCUGACUUUAUCAGGAACAAGUUCGGCAAGCUAGAUAUAUUGAUCAACAAUGCAGGGGUUAUAGGUGCAACUGCAGAGAUUGACACCAGGGCACCGCUUCAGGAUGUGCUUGUAGGCAAGAACCCCGCUGAGAGGCUCCAGUGGUUGCUACAGCACUCCACGGAGACUUACGAAGAAGCUGAAGAAUGCUUGAAAAUAAACUAUUUCGGCACCAAAUACGUUACAACCGCACUCCUGCCCCUCCUUCAGGCUUCCUCUGAUGGAAGAGUUGUCAACGUGUCGUCCAACUACGGAUUACUCCGAUAUUUUAGCGGCGAGGGUCUCAAGCAGGAACUGAACAACAUCGAAAACCUGACAGUAGAGAGGCUAGACGAGAUGUCAAGAUUGUUCCUGAAUGACUACAAGAACGGCCAACUGAAAUCGCAUGGCUGGCCGGCAGAUGCAGAGUACCUGGCGUACAAAGUUUCCAAGGCCCUGAUCAACGGCUACACUAGAAUGAUGGCGAAGGAUUUCCCCGAGCUGCGCAUCAACAGCGUGCACCCUGGUUAUUGCAUGACCGACAUCAACUACGACACCGGAGAACUGACUGCUGCAGAAGGCGCCGGUAGCAUUGUCAGGGUGGCCCUCAUGCCGGCGGGAGGACCAACAGGCGUGUUCUUCUACCAAAACGAAGUAGCACCAGCUGUAUAACUCUUUCAAGUGAUCGACCCUGUGACUCGACUCCUAUUAUGUUUGUCAGUUGUUCAAAUGUACUGUACAUGUCAUUGGAACGUAGAAUUCGCUUCAGAACUCGGAUUAUAAAGUGGUCAGGUUAAUUUUUCCUA